AUCCAACUGCUAGGGGGGAAAUAGAAAAAGUUGGUAUCGAUCUAGGGAAAUUUGAGCGUAACCUCACUUUUAGGGCAAAGUCACUUUUAAUUGAUGCAAUAUUUACCUUUUAAAACCUUUAAUGAAUAAUUUCAACAAACUCCUACUGGCGAAGCCCCCUUUGAGGGGCGCCCACAGACUAAAAACCACGCAGUCAUCAGCUGAUUACUGCCUAGACUCGAUUAGGAAAUAUGACUAUGAAAACUUCAUGUGCACCUUGCUGCUGAAGGGGUCUGCAAGAUCCAUUGCAGUGGCAGUCAGAAGCUUCAACGUCGAAGUGUCCAGAGUGGCCGAACAAGUGUCUCAAUCAAACAUAGGGCUGAUGAGGUUGAAGUUUUGGGAAGACGCUGUGGAUAAGUGCUACUCGAAAGAUAUCCUACAGGUGCCCAAACACCCAGUGGCGGUUGAACUGUUCAAGGCUAUUUCCAAAGUCAACCUAAGCAGACGCUAUUUAAAGACCUUAGUUUCAGCCAGACAGAGCAACAUAAAUGGGCUUAACUUGAAAACGCUGGAUGAUAUGGAAAAGUAUGCCGAACAAACAGUUUCCAGUACCUAUUACCUGGUUCUGGAGGGUUGUGGAGUGAAAAACGUCGAUGCUGAUCACGCAGUUUCCCAUCUAGGCAAAGCCCAGGGAAUAGUGCAACAACUGCGAGCUAUUCCCCAUAGCAAGCGACUAGAUUUCAUACCAAUUCCCGAGGAAAUUUUGAUUAAACAUCACGUUAGUCAAGAGCAAGUGCUUAGAGCGAAGGAGACGCAGAAGCUAUCGGACUGUGUCUAUGAAGUAGCCAGUAGGGCGCAUCAGCACCUGAAAAAGUCCCGAAAUUUGGCAGGAAAAGUGCCAAAAGCUGGAAGAAACGCCUUGCUUCCAGCCGUUCCUGUGGCGCUAUACCUGGACAGGCUGCAAAAACUGGAUUAUAACGUUUUAGACCCCCGCUUGCAGAAUAGACCGUGGAAGCUGUGGCCUAGUUUGUAUUUAAGCAUGUUAAAAAAUAAAUAAACUGAAAGAAAA